GAUCGGACAAACUCCUUCGGGCUGAGCUGCGAUAUUUGUUAUCAAUCACGUACGCGGCUCUCUUUCUAUUACAGCACCAGUCCGUCGUGAAGAACUUUUCAGAUGAUGUCGAACAACAGACCCCAAUAAGUUAAAAAGAAUUUUCCGUAUGUUUCAUUGACAGGAUGGGCGCUACUAAACCUCGCAUCUCCGCACGAGACUCUGCUCCGAAAGUCCAGUCGUUACCGGAGAAGACAUUCGUUAUCGACAAUGGCGCAUAUACUAUGAAAGCUGGGUAUGCGCCCCAAUUUCCACCUCCCGAAGAUUUAGACCAGGCUCUUUCAGCCUGCAGCACAAUUCCGAAUGCCAUUGCCAAAACACGCGGAAAUCGUAUCUACAUUGGUGCACAGCUCAACUCGCAAGUUACCGACUGGAACGAGAUGGUGUUCAGGCGUCCAGUGGAGAAAGGGUACAUUGUCAACUGGGAAGCACAGAAGGAAAUAUGGGAAACCGCGUUCUUCGAUGAGAAGACAGCACGGUCGAAGGAUCUUCGGAUUGAAUCUCCAGAAGAUACAACCCUCGUGCUUACUGAGGCACCGAACGCUUUGCCAACCCUACAGAGGAAUGCUGAUGAGAUUGUGAUGGAAGAAUGGGGUUUUGGCGGCUAUGUGAGAUGUGUAGGACCGAUGCUGAAUGCUUGGAAUGAAGUUCAAUCCUUGUUCGGAGACCCUAUCGGACAGGACUCCUCGUCUCCGGUCUCAGCUAAGGAGUGCUUACUUGUCGUCGACUCCGGCUACUCUCAUACAACAGUAACUCCAGUUUACAAUGGGCAACCCAUCCAGCGCGCCAUUCGGAGACUCGAUAUUGGUGGUAAACAUCUAACAAAUUACCUGAAAGAGAUGGUGUCCAUGAGGCAGUACAACAUGGUCGAUGAAACUUACAUCAUGAACGAGGUUAAGGAGGCUGUCUGUUUCGUAAGCAAUGACUUUGCUGGUGACUUGGAAAAGACAUGGCAGGGCAACCGGAAACGUGGCUUGACAGACGCAGCCGAAGGGAUCACAGUUGAUUAUGUGCUACCUGACCCUAACACAAGCAAGAAGGGCUUCAUGCGACCGCAUGAUCCUCUUUUGAAUGCCAAGAAGAGGAAGAGUAUCCUUUCUGGUGGCAAUGCUGAGGCUCUGUCCGAGGACGUGCUGAUUCUGGGAAACGAGCGCUUUACCGUGCCAGAAAUACUCUUCACACCAAGUGAUAUUGGUAUGAAGCAAGCCGGUGUUCCAGACAUCAUUCUUCAGAGUCUUUCAGUUCUGCCUACCGGACUACAUCCGUCGUUCCUAGCAAAUGUUCUGGUCGUCGGAGGGAAUACCUUGAUUCCAGGGUUCUUGGAACGGUUGGAAAGCGAGUUGCGACAGAUAGCUUCGGCAGAAUGCGUUGUCAGAGUUCGGCGCCCUCAUGACCCCAUACGUUCCACAUGGCUUGGAGCGUCACGAUUAGCGACGAACAGAGACGAGUUGAAGAAACUCGCCAUCACCCGUCAGGAAUAUCAGGAGUAUGGCUCGUCAUGGGCAGGACGGAAAUUUUCUGGCGUUCUCUGAGCAUAGCUUUGCUACCUGCGGGCAUCCUCUCAAUCGGUACCGGAGUAUGGGGUUUCUAUUGUGUAUUUUGCAUGACCGUUGUUGGGGUGUUCUUCAAAUGCUGCAUUUCAAUGAUACCCUUGAUCUCGACAAUAAACUGAAUGAUUCUGAGACUUUGAAGACUGAACGGAAAUGUGCACAUGUCGUAGCUAGAG